AUAAACACACCCUCAGGCUUCAUACAAGGAUCUAUAAGGUUUAAUACUGUUCUCGUGAAGAGAAUCCUCUGUAUUCUUGCAGACACCUUGUCCUCCGCUCUCGAUGCUGUGCUAGAAGACGGAAUUCCUCAUAAGAAGCCAAAACAGGAAAUAAACGAAGACUCGGGCCAAAUAACUGCAAUGGACUUGUUGGAACCAUCUGUCUCAGAGGAGCCCUCUCCUGCUGAUUCCGUAGUUGUCAUCAAUACCUCUUCCACUGACAGUAAAGAUUCAAUUCCCACAUCUUCAGCGGACUCUCAACAACAAGAAGGAGAGCAUAAAAAGAGCCCUGAAGAAAAGGAAAUCACAAUCGUCCGUGUAGAAGUUCGAGAUCAGUCGUCGUUGGUAGAUACGCUUAAUGACGAGGAUUUUUGGAAUUAUUUCCGAAUAACACGUAAAACAUUUGCAACGCUCUGCUCUACGCUAGAAACGAUGGAUACGAGAUUAACUCCUUCAAUCUCCUGUUCAACUGCAGUCAAGGUAGCAACUACUCUGGAGGUUCUGGCUGGAGUCAAGCAGUCAUCAGUUGGUUUUACGCCAGCGAAAGUUGGUCUUAUUUUUGACAACGUUCUGGCAGCAUUGGCUGAAUGGCGGAAACGUAGAUGCAGUGCCUGA